GUUAUGUACUAUUGCAACACAUUACAGAAUAAACAAAAAUACAACAUAUUAUACAUUUAUAAUAUUUAUACCUGUUUUGUUUUGAUUUCUGAUCUAUUACUCAUUAGUUUCCUAUAAAUUUUUAAUUGUACAAUUAUGGCGGCAGUGUUAAAAAAAAGAGCACUAGCCGAAUACAGCACCCAAGUCGUAAGCAUAAAAAUUUUUUCUACAUAUUUAUUGUAGGAUACAUAUUUUUUAUAAAUACUUUAUUUUCACAGUUGGAACAACAACCACCAGUAAAAAAAUUAAAAUGUCUAGUGAAAUUAUCGUCAUUGUCAACUUGUGCUACCUUAUCAUUAGUUAACUCAAUUCGUGGGCGUAAAACACCCAAUGAAAUUGUGCAAAUUUUGUUGCAAAUAUUAGAACAACUUCAGUUUCAGGUAAACUACCUAUGUAAAUUUAUGACAAAAGCUUUAAAGGUGUCCCUUUAGUUAUUAUUAAUAAUGUAUUAAAGAUUUCUCACUCCAGGUGAUUAUAUUUCGCUACAUUUCUCUGUUUAAGAUUUUACAAAUGCAUUUAUAUUAUCAUUUAUACAAGCUGUUAUAUAUUUAACUGUCUGUCAAAAGUAUUCUAGAUAUUUUAUUUACCUAUUUUUUGAUCAAAAGAUUUAGAUAUAUACAUCUUUAAAUAAUAAAUGUUUAACAAUUUUUGUUUUUUAUUUAUAAUCUUAAGAAAACUAACCAACAAAUAUUUAGUAUACAAUUUUAUUUUGUUUAGUAAACUUAUGAAACAUAUUAAUAUCAUCAUUAUGCACUUUGCCUAAACAACCAAACAAUCCUAGUACAAACUAUAAAUUGAUAACGUACAUGGUUGUUAAAAGUCCUAAUUGGUCUUCUAACUAUAGUCAGCAUACAGUACUCUAGGGUGGAGAAACUGUUUCGGUUAUCUAAGUACCAUGCUUAUAAAUUAAAAUGUAUUAUUAUUAUUAGUCGAUAAUCAAUUAAAAUAAUUAAUAUGUAUAUUGUACAGUGUUUAUGUAUUUAUACACUGUUUGUAUAAAAUAGUGUUUAAUAAUGAAGUGAUGAGAAAUUAAUUUGUCUCCCUUGACAAUUCCUUAUGGCUUUCUGUACUACACAUCUAUAGUAUUACUACACAGUUUAAGAAUUAUUAUAUUACUCUAGAUAUUUUACAUAGUUAUUUUUUUUUUCCUAAAUACGAGUAUGUCAUAUAUACUUUUCAAAUUAAUUUUUUUAAUUUUUGACAUGUGGUUUAGUUAAUAGAAAUUACUAAGCAUAUUUUUUUUUUUUUAGAACUCAGAUAUUAUAAACAUUUUAAGUAAACUCAGUGAUCAUUUUAAACUUCAAGCAGAUUCUACAGUGAAAAUGUUAAUAUUUUCUGUUUUAUCAGCUAUUGGUUCUUCUGAUGAAACUAGUGAACAUGUAAGUACAUCAUUAUAAACUACUUACCUGUAUUUAUUUAUAGGUAGAAAAAUAUUUAUGAAAACUUAACUUAUUGACUAAUUGUUUAUAAUUUAACAUUUAGAAUGUUUAUAAAAUUAUUGAAGAAAUAAUGAUUAUAAUGAAAGAAGUUAAAUCGCAAAAAAUCAAAACCAGCGGUCUCAAAACAUUAUUGGCACUUGGAAAACGUUUGAAUCAUGAUAUGGCUCUUCAUUUAAAACUUACUGAUUAUGCUAAAAAAGUAUAUCAGUGAAUAUAAAGCUUAUAUUACAAAAAUAUUAACUGUGCAUUGUGUAUGUUUUUUUUUAGACACUAGGAGAUUACAGACCAAACAUAACUUGUGGGAGUUUGGAGUUGAUAGGUGAAUUAAUGCCAGUGGAAAUCCCAGAAAAUAAACUAGAAAUUCAUUCUGAAAUGCUUAAACUAAUUGGAAGUUACACUCAACAUUACAAUGCUAAAACACGGAGUAAUGCAUUUAAUACAAUGGUAAUAAGCAAUAUUAUUUAACUAUAUAAAUAUGUACAGUAUUGGAAUUGAAAAAUUAAAAAUAUUUACUCUUUUAAAAUAAAAUGCAUUAUUAUUAAUUUAUAAUACUCUUUGAUAGAAUUGUUUGUUUUUAAAACGUGUGUUUAUUAAAUUUAUCAAUUAAUUUAUUAUUCAAAUUUCAACUCAUAACACCAAAUAUUAUAAAUUGCAUACAAAUGAUACGGAAAUGUAUUAUUUAAUACUAUUACUCUAAUGGUAACAUAAUUUGUUAAAAAUGCUAUAAAAUAUUCCACACGUUGUAUAAUUUGUUGUUAGAUAAUUUUGUAAACUGAUUUCUCAGCAAUUUAGGUUAUCCAUCUAAAUUAUUAUUUGUUUUAUUUCUUAUCUCUACAAUUAUAGCAUGAAAAUGUAUUCUAAAAUAUCUUAAAAAAUGUAUCUGAUUUAAAAAAUAAAAACAAUAGUAAACUAGAGCAUUCCUUUAUAUGUAAAAUAGUGAUGAAAUGUUAAAAAUCUUAAAAUAAAUGUAUCCCCUAGGGUGUUUCUUAAUUUUGUUUAUAAUUAAAUUUUCUCUUAAUUUUAAAGUGUUAUACUCUAAUGAUUAACCUAAAAACAUUUGACAUUUGAGCUACACAUUUUAAAUGUACCAGAACAAAUCAAAAAAUAUUUUAAUUUUAUUUCUUUAUUUUUUCGAAUCUUCAAAUUUGUUUAAAGUUAAAUUUAUAAUCAUUCUUACCUAGUUGCCAUAGAGUCAAAUUACAUUAUAUUCACCAACAUUAAAGAUGUAAACUUAAAAUAAAAUUUAUUUUUAUAUACUAUAGAAUUUUAUAUUGGAGGAAAAACAUUAAAUAAAUACAAAUUAAUUUUUUAAUAAAUUAUAUGAGCAAAAUAUCUAACUAUGAAAUGUAGGAUAUAAUAAGAGUUAUAGAAUAUACGCAUGUAUUUUAAAUAGAUUACAUUUACUUAACUUUAAAGAAAAAUAAAAUAAAUUUAAUUAACAAGUAACAUUUAAAAUAAAAUGUUUUGUGGUGAUGAAAUUUACUUGAUACGUUAAAACUAUUUCUUAUUAUCAUAUAUUUUAUUUGAGUUAUUAUGAUUUUACUAAAUAAUGUUUGAUAAUUAUAAUUUAAUUUGAUAUGGUUUUAUCUAGGUUAAAUUACAUGAUCGAGGGAUAAAAUUGAAUCCAUCUGUCUAUCUUGAUGUUUGUUCAGUUAUAAAUGAUGACAACGAAAUGGUGAGAGAAGCUGCUUUAAAUGUGAUUUCAGUUUUAGGAAAGGAUUACCCAGAAGAGUAAAUUAUUAUUAAUAUAUAUCUAAGUGGUUAUAUUUCAUAAAUAUACAUUAAAAAUGGUUUUAUUUAUAGAAAAAUCAAAGGUACCAAUGGCGAAGAAAUGGCACGAAUGUCUGAUGAAGCAUUUGAAAACAUAUGCAAUUUUAUGACUGAUAUUAGUUACCGAAUUCGUACUCAAGCAGCUCAACUUUUAGGAACAUUUCUUUCUGUCAGUUCAAAUGUUCUAUUAAAAACACUUGACCAAACAUUGAUGUCUAAUUUACGUGUAAAUAUUGAAUUAUAAAAAAAUAAAAAAAUAGUACGCCAAUUGAAUUCAAAACCUGAUGUAUGAUGAAUCUAUUUUAUAGAGAAAGAGAACUUCUAUUGAACGUGUUUGGGAAUGUUUAUCAAAGGGUACAGCCAUGAUGAGUGCAUUAAGCACUAAAGAUACGCCACAAGAGAUGUUGGAUGCACAGCAAGUUAGUUUAGUUAGUACUGGAGCCAGUAGUGCUUUUCUUCAUGGUUUGGAAGAUGAAUUUCUAGGUAUUAUUUUAUUUUUUAAAAAAAACAACAUAUUUUUGCUUACCAUUUAAUGUUUUUGUUUUUAGAGGUUCGUAUAGCUACAAUAGGUUCAAUGUGUUCUUUGGCAACUCGACAUUCAGAAUUUGCAGUAGUUGCUAUGGAAUUUUUAGUAGAUAUGUUUAAUGAUGAAAUUGAAGAAGUACGUUUAAUAGCUAUUGAGAGUCUUGUAAAACUUUCAUAUGCAUCUGGUCUCCGUGAUGAUCAAGUUGAAAUAAUAUUAGCAGUGAUUGAAGUAUGAAUAUUAUUUGAUUCUACUAGAAUAUAUUUUAUAAGUUUAUAAAAUAAUUUAGGACUCUUCAAGUGUUGUACGUGAAGGUUUACACAAUAUAUUUGCAUCAUUUGAACUGUUAAACCAGGAAGGAUUGAUGAUGUGCACUAACAGAUUAAUUGAUAGUUUAAAAAAAUAUCCAGAGGUAAAAUAUAUAAUACAAUAUAAUAUAUUAUAAUUAUUGUAUAUUAUAAUGAAAUAAACUUUUAAUUCACAUAUUUUUUUUUUUAGGAUAAAAAAUCCAUAUGGAAUUGUAUGAAAAAUUUAGGUUUAAGACAUCCAACAUUAACAUUGGCAUUAGUGCCUGAACUGUUAGCUAUUCAUCCAAUGUUCGAAACACCUGAACCUAAUGUAGAAGAACCAUCGUGUAUCCUUUAAAAUUUAAAGUUCUUAUAUAGGUAUUGUAUUCUUUUGUAAUUCUAAAAUGAAAAUUUUUCUUUAACUAACAAAUAAUAGAUGUAAGCAUAUUGAUUUUAGUAUUCAAUGCAGCAUCUAAAUGUAAUUCUAUCAUAUCAUUACUUGAGGAUAAAACUAUCAAACAUUAUAGCUAUUUGAGAGAUAUAAUGCCUCAUUUGGUACCAACUUUGCAGGUAUGAAAUAAUUUAAAUUGGUUGAAAAAUGUUUUAUAAAAAAUAUUUAUUAACUUAAAAAAAAGAAUUAUAAAAGUUAUAUUUAUUAGGUAUUACAUUAAACUUAUUUGUACUUUUCAAAUAAAAAAUAAUAGUUUUCAACUAUUGAUACAGGGAGAUAUUACAAGGGCUGAAAACCUUUUUAUUUUUUUAAAUUUUUGUUUAUCUUUGUAAAAACUAUAAUUUUCGAUAUACAAUAACCACUGCCUUAUUUUUUAUCAGAAUUACCAAUUUUUAAUUAAAGAAUAAUUAUUACAUUAAUAUCAUAUUAUAAUUUAUUGGUGCUUUGUUUUUAUAUUUUUAUUAUUUUUGUUAAUUGUUGUUAUUAAUUGACACCUUACGGCUUUUACAGUAAAAUAGUAUUAAAAAAAAAAAAAAAAAAAAAAAAAAACAAUUAGUAAUUAUAAUAUAAAAACAAUAAAAAAAAUGUAAACGUAAAAUUUAAAAAAUACAAUGAGAUUUGUGAAAAAAGGGCUGUGACAAAGUUAUAAGUUAUAAGUAAUAGUGACUAAUAAAAGUAAAAAAAAAAAAUUAUUAUAAAAAACAACUAAAAGCUAAUUAGUAGGAGUGAAAUGAAGGGUUUUUAUUGAUAAGCCUCAUCAUGUAGGUGAUGGAUUCAAUUUGGAGAUAAUUAGCCGAGCAAAAAGGAAUAUAAAUUUGAGGAGAACUGGGUAUAUCGAGCUGGAACCUUAAAAUUUUUUCGAGGGUAGGAGAGGAAUGAAUAAAACCAGAAAGUAACCUACGAAGAAGAGAGAGGUUUUGUUCAAGCUGACUGUCUGCUAUUAAGUCUAAAUUAAGUUCAUAAAGAACAGGUAUGUAGUUAUGAGGGGUCAUUCGAUAUGUAUUUAUUGUUUUUUUUUAAAUUAUUUAUUUUUUUUAAUUUGUUUUGAUUAUACUGUUUUUUUUAUAAGGUUUUAAAAACAUUUUCGAGUCCUACAUUAAACAAAAUAAAAUAUUUUUUACUUGGAUAAACUAAAAUAAAAAAAUUAAAAACAUUUUCUAACCAGAGUUAUUACUAAUUUCUAUUAUUAUUUAAUUAUUGUAAAAAAAAAAAAAUGUAAAGCUUGGUGGACGUUUAUCAAUCGGUCAAGUGGAACUAACAGAGGCAGAUUCAUCAAAAUCACUUGAACUUCUUCAGUCAUUAAUUCAUCAAGUCUCUACUGUAAAAGGUAGCACUAAAAUGAAAAUUAGUUUGUUGGAAACUUUCUAUCAUAAUCUUAUAAGAUUGGCCCAACUUGAUCAAUAUGUGAAUGGCACGGCAGAACUUAGUGCAUUAUAUAUGCAUAGUCAACUUUUGUUAAAUAAAGUACUUAAUAAUAACAAUAAAACAUUUUAUUCAAAUGCUGUUUCUACACAUCAGGCAAAUAAUGUACGCACAAAUAUUUCACAGUUGUUACAAAAUACUUUAAAGUAUGUAUUCCCCGUAACAAUUAGUUGUAUGAACAUGUCUAAUUUUUGAUGUUUUUAGGAUGCAAUAUUUGUUUGUUGGCUUGAGUGUUCAAGAAUUGGCUAGCAUUAAACAAUUCAAACUUAAAGUGAUUGCUCUUCUUUUAGUAUAUAUUGUAAAUGCUACAAAUCAAUCAGCUAGAGCACUAUGCCAUUAUUUUUUAACGCAACUAGAAGAUACUAUUAAGUAUGUUGGUUUUUGCACUAUUUAGUAUUUAGUUGGUGUCAUAAUUUAGUGAAUGGAAAUUUUUUCUCAUAAGAGAUAAAAUGAAAAUUAAAUGUUUCUUUUAUUUGUUUAUUUGUAAAUUUAAAUUUAACUAUUUAUUUAUUGUUUAAAACAAUAUUUAAUUAUACCUAAUUAUUUUUAAGGUAUAUUACUGAAAACAAAUUGCAGAUAGAAACAUUCACAUCUAUUGUCUUCAAAGAGUUAUCUCAAUUAGAAGAAUCAAAACCAGGAAUUGUAGCAAAGCUACUUUUACCAAUACUACAGAGUUCCGAACCUACUCCACCGCCAAAACCAAAUACAAAUGUGAGAACUUAUUGACUUUUCUAAUGACUUAUUUGUGUUAUAGUGUACCUAAUAAUUAUUUGAAUUUAGAUAAAAAUGUGCAAAGUUAAUAUAAAUCGACCACAAGGAGGUCCAGAUACUACUCAUAAAUUAUCAGCAGGCUUGAUACUUCCUAUUCCAUUAAACGCAGAGUUAUACAGUUUACAAAUUGAUUCGUCAUCUUUAUUACGGCUAAAGAUUAAAUAUCCUGAUCAACAAACUCAUUUAAUUAUGCCUCCUAAAAAUCACUUGCGUCUAGUAAAUCUUGGUGGUGGUGAGUGAAUUUUUAAAAGUCAAUAAUAUGAUUUUGUUUUAUUUGUAUUAUCAUUAUUUUUAGAGUCGUAUUAUCUACUUGAUACUAAUGCAUUGAUAUCACACCGUUCAGAGUGGUCAGAGCCAUGUUUUGUUGAAUUGAGUUUAGCGUUUGACUUAACUGAAACAGAAGGAGCUUUAGCACAUGUUUUACCUCCUACACAGCCAUGCAUUGUUGACUUAUGUAAACCAGUGAAGCUCAAAGUGCACCCUAAACCUGUAAGGCGCGGAAUGUAAAUUAGUUUACAUUUGUAAUUUGUAUUAUUAAAAUAUAAGUAUUAGUAAUAGUAUGAUAAUAAUUAUGAUUU